AUGCAAAGCCUUGGACGAUACUCAAAACAAUUUCUCUUGUUCAGGAAAACACAGCCGAUGAUUCAGUUCACGCGUACCCUAACGUCGGCGAAGCUGAAUGACACUUUACAUAGUCGGGUCAUGGCGGUGGAAAACAGGUUCCCGUUCCUAUGGAGAGUUAAGGUCACACCUGUGCUGAACGAAUGGCUGAAACAAGGAAAUGAAAUAAACCCUACGGAUCUUAGAGCCGUCAUCAAAGCUCUCUGCGAGUCUCAGCGAUUCGACCACGCCCUCCAGGUCUCAGAGUGGAUAACUAAACGAGGGGUGUUCGAGCUAAGCACUGAAGAUGUUGCAUCUCGGCUUUAUCUUAUUGAGAUUCAUUCAGGGUUGAGUGAAGCAGAGAAUUUCUUCAAAAGCAUUCCCGAGAACAUGAAAGACGACUUAGUCUACACCACUCUCUUAAGCUUCUACGCAAAAGACAAGGAAACACGACACGAAGCCGAAGCCACUUACCAGAAGAUGAGGGAGAAUAAUAUGCUCUUCAAACCUAACCCUUACUACAAGAUGAUCUCUCUCUACGGCCUUCUUGGAGAUACAAAUAUGGUCGACGAGAUUGUUAGGCAGAUGAUAGAAAACGGAGUUCAGCAUGACAUAACUCUCACGUCCAAUAACGUUUUGAAGGCUUACGCGAGUGUCCCUGAUGUGGAGGCAAUGGAGAAGUUUCUGAAAAUAAUAGAAGAUGAAACGCCACCGUUUGCGUUGGCUUGGCAAACGGGAAUAAGCAUGGCGAAGGCUUACUUAAAGAGUGGUUCAAGUGGAAAAGCGAUAAAGAUGUUGCGUACAACAGAACAAGUAGUUGAUGCAAAGUCGAAAGACGCAGCGAACAAGGAGUUAAUGGAGAUGUAUGGGGAGGCUGGAGCUAAACGAGAUGAGUCCCGCCUCUAUAUCAGUCAGAAUGCUAAGCAAGGACGGAGAAAGGGGGCGUAUCGAUGUAAAGGAAGUGGCGGACGAAGCUCUAACCACCCGGGAUAUUACUAUGGUGGCUGUGGUGGUGGAUGUGGCAGUAUACGUGGUGGUGGGGAUGGUAGCCGCGCUGAUGAUAACGGUGGUGGUGAUGAUAGCCGUGCUGAUGAUGACGGUGGUGGUGUCGGUGCUGAUAAUGACGGUGACAGUGGCGGCGGAUGUGGCGGUGGGUGUGGUGGUGGUUGUGGUGGAUGUGGUAGCUGGGAUUGAGAGUAGAAAACCAAGUAGAGAAUCAUUGGUCAUGUUUUCGUGAAAAUAAUGGUUUACUUAA